CUUAUCUCUUUUCAUUUCUUUUUCUUUGUCUCGUAGAAACAUAACUCUUUUCUCUUUUUUUCAUCUCACUUAAUUUCUUUUCAUCUUCCUCCACUUCUACAAUGUCUUGGCAAUCCUAUGUGGAUAAUCAAAUUUGUUCUCAAGUCUCUUGUAAGAUCGCCGUGAUCGCAGGCCUUCAAGAUGGAACCGUGUGGGCUAAAUAUGAAGCAGAUGAAAAUAAAGUAACUCCUGAGGAGAUGAAAACAAUUGCAGACGGCAUGAGAAAUAAUCCAGGAGCUUUUCAAGAAACUGGUAUCCGUCUUGGAGGUGAAAAAUAUUUCUGCCUAUUUGCUGAAAACAAUUUACUCCGAGGACGUAAAGGAAGCUCAGCACUUAUUAUCGUAGCCACUAAUACAUGUUUACUUGCUGCUGCAACAACUGACGGUUUCCCUCCUGGUCAAUUAAAUACAGUGGUUGAGAAAUUAGGAGAUUAUCUGAGAAGCUCAAACUACUAAAAAUGAAGCCAUGGAUAAUUAUUAUGAUGUUGAUUGCGAUAAUUGUAUUGAAAAUGAAGCGAUUAACUAAUGAGUGACAGUUAAUCAGAUAAGUUGAUUUGUCAUUAUCAUUCAAUAUCAUCAAAUCACAUGGAAACAGAAGAAAAGAUGGAAUUGGUUAGUUAAUUACAGUUAAAUUGAUUGUAACAAUUAACACCCAAAUAAAAACAAAAUUAAUUUGAUUAA